CUGCUUAUGUACAUGUUUUCAGGUGUUUUUUUUUUAAAUACUGAACUAUGCUUGCUUCCCCCCUAUAGUUGUAUCUGCACGCAAAAAUGUUCAGACUGAAAGUACAGCUAACUCAUCAGAAAGACUUCAGCCUGCAAUACAGCAAACCAGUGAAACAGGAGGUUUGUUUGUACCCUUUUCUACAUUGCUAUUUAAGAAAUAUGUAAACAUUACAGAAAAAAUGGGAAAAGAAUUGCUGGAUUGAAAUGUUAAUUUAGAUAUUUCAUUUGUGUAAUUUGGUUCACAGAAAUGUGGCUGUUAAUGUGUAGGGUGUAAAUUAUGUAUUUUGACUUAGGCCUAAUUCAAGUAGGCCACAUUUUUCUUAUUCUGCUUUCAGCCAAGUUGCAUGUUUCUGAUUUCUCUUUUAUUAGGUGCACCCACUUUGCAGAUUGCUCUUGACAAAGCAAAACUAACAAUAGAGAUGCAAAAGCAGAAGAUUCUUCAUCUUCAGGAAAAAGUUGACUCCCUGACAGAUGACAAAAAUUUUCUCAGAGCAAGAUUAGAGGAUGCACUUCUGAGGCAUGAAGCCGUAAUGUCUCCUGGACAGGCACUGUCUGCAUCUUCAUCCAAUACUGCUGCAUCCAAGGAGAAGGUGUCCAGUGAUGAAUCUUCUGAUUCCUCAGAAUCUUCAGAUUCAUCAGAUUCCGAACCAAGAACAAAGAAGAAGAAAAAGGAUAAAAAACGAAGAAACAAGAAAAAAUCCAAGAAACUGAGGGUUGAUUUUAGAAGAGUAAAAAACCCUGAAGACUCCAUCAAACGCUACCACAAAGUGUUACACCUGGUAAAUGGUGGCUUCACUAAAGCUGAAGCGUACAACAAAAUUAAUGUUGACAGAAACACAAUUGUCAUGCAAGCCCCCAUUGCUGAGUUGGCAGUUGCAAAUCCCGAAGAAUACAAAGCAGUGAGAGCCACUUUUAAAAUGGGAGAAAGCAUCCAAAAAUUUUCUGAUGUCUGUCUUGCAAGGUGCCUGGCUCAGCCUAAUGUAGACAUGAUAAAAAAAUUGAAAGAGAGCAGUGCCCUUCUUGAUAUAUCAAAGAAGUGAGGUAUACUUGUUGCUUAAAGGGAUAGUUCACCCAAAAAUUAAACUUUUCAUUUACUCACCCUCAAGUAGUUCCAAAUCUGUAUGAGAUUUUUCUUCUGCUGAACACAAGGGAAGCUAUUUGGACGAAUGUUUGCAACCAAGCAGAUCUUGGGCACCACUGA